AUGGCAAUCUCACAAAAAAGGGCCAACCAGUGGCGCAGAUGGUCACAAGAUGUCAUUCCUUCCCUUCUUAUACCAUACCAAUCCUACAUUCAGCUAAUUUCAGCACUACAUUAUACCAAUGCGCCAGGACAACCUCAGCAAGAUCUUGGAGUUUGCAGAGCUGGAUGUAGGACUCGGAGCAUUACAGUUGCAUGUGUGCACUUUGACUUAUUGAAAGAAAUUGACAUCAUCGCAUGCCCUUGUUUCCCUGCCCCCCUCCAGCUCCUCUGUUGCAGUCUGUUUCCAUGCGCUCCUGUUGCUCCCUCACUCGCAGUGGACUUGCGCAUUUUAGAGUUUGUCUGUCUGCUCUUUGUAUGCCAGUCUCCCAACCAAACCACAUGGUGUGUUGUGGUGGAAAUUUUUCUAGAUGGAAUGGGAUACAAGCUGUUGUGCAAGAAUAACUUGUGUCGUCAUUUUGGCAAUGCUUUUCACUGGUACCAAGUACUGACCAUCAUGGCUCACAAUCACAUUUCCACUCUCAUCACCAACGUUCAAAAGGGCCAGGCACGUCUCCCACCAAUUGAUAAGCCCAGAAAUACUUACCACAGAUCAGAUUCUCAUUCUAUCCCAGACGUUAUUGUUUGCAUAGAUGCUUGUUUUACCCAAAAAUGUGCUGACACUAUUAACCCUCCUAAUCCAACUCCAACAUUCUUUCUAUUGAAUGACGAUGUCAAAGCAAUGGAGGAUUUUGUACAGAGUUGUCGUGGAGAGAGACGUCGAGUAUGGGUCUCUAGAGCAGAAGGUAACGAGGAUCACUAUGAAGAAGGGAUGCGUGUGCCAGUGUCUGUGUUGAACAGAUGCAGAGAAUCCUUUGUAGCUGCAGAUGAAAAGCAUGAAAAGGCAAGCACUCAUUUUUUUACUGACACAGGCCUGAUGGCCCUGCUAUGUAGACAUGACCAUGUCCUCUGGCUUGCCAACCUCACAUCAGCGGGAGAAAAGCAACACUAUGCGCUCGCUCUCUUGGACUGCUUGUUCAAGCAUUUGCCCCCUCAAAUGACUAUAGGACUUCUCUACAACAUUUGGAAAUUCCUGGAUGACAACACUCUAUCACGCAUAUCCUUUGCCGUUGCAGUAUUCCAUGCGUAUGGCCACCAAUGGCCCUGUCAAAUUGUCUAUCACCCAAGGAAGCAUGAGGGUUUUGGGCUGUCUGACGGUGAGGGUUGCGAACGACUGUGGAGUUCACUUAUGCAACUCAUCCCAUCAUUAUGGGUUUCUGGAUUCUAUCAAUGUCUUUUCAUCCUCAAUGUUCAGGUUCACCACCUGGAUACAAAAUCCAUCCAAGGCUAUGGGCAUUGGCUUCACCGGCGAUGGAUCCAUUGCCAGACAAAGAAGAAUGCGGCUCUGGACAGUUUACUCGACUUAGACAUCGAUGAAGAUAUGCUUCAUGCUGAGUGGAAGGUGCAAAUUGCUCACCAGACACGACCCACCCCACAUAAGAUUUUAAGGCAAUCCAAAAACAAAGCAGCAGAGGUCAUUACAACUAUCCUUGCACUGGAGAAGACCCUGGAUGCUUACGAGACUUCUGUCCGUGAGCUAGAAAUGCAGCUUUAUGUAGGCACUGCUCUUGAAACACAAGCAAAGGCUAAUCUUGAGAAGAUGAAGAACAAUACUUAUCUGACAGUCUGCUUGAAUGCUCAUGCAGUAAAAAUUCAUAUUUGGGACCGUCUCCAUCAAUGCAAGUUUGAAUUAGAGAGGCUGGAGAGAUCGUAUCAAGCUACAGUUAAUGCGGAACACAAGAUUCAUGUAAGCACCCAGUACUCUAUCAAACACCGAGAACCCAGGGUUCUCAAAUUGGUCUCCACUUACAAUGGCCUAUGUGCUCAGUUGCAGUCUCUGAUAUGCCAGCGGAGAGCUCCCCCUUCUGCUGUUCUACCUCGCCCCAUUAUAUGUGAGGGCAUCUUUCUACUCAAUGUCGAUGAUGAGAUCUGGCAAGAUAUUGGCCUGGAUGAAGACAGUAUAAACCCACUGGCAUGGUUAUCAGAUGAGGCCACCAGGUCUGUCGAAGAAGAAACUCGUUUGAUGCAAGAGCGGACCGUCAUGCAGGAGUGGAUGUUUGCAGAGUGGGAGACCAUACAAACUGUGUUGAGGGAUGCAGGGCCCGCACAGACAAACUUCUUCACAUUUGCAGUCAUCUGGAAGAAGAAAGUUCAAGAGAUCCCUUGCAUGUGGCCAGUCAAGAGUUGGGGUCCUCAAAAUGAAGAUUUACUUCAAGCUGCUCAAGACCAGGUGCAGCCGUCUUUUUUCCAGUGUGAGGAUGAUGACUGA